AUUUUUCACCAUGGAGUAUCCGCUUUUAUCAGGAUGCCAAACAGUGAUACAUCAAAAUAAAAAACCUCAAUUUACUCUUUCCGAUACAAAUGUAAACUCAAAAAGUGGCUCUGGCAAAUUAAGACUCGUUUGCGCAGGGUGGGUCACAUUUAUACACACUGUUUCGAUUGUAGUUUUUUCAUCACCUUUGUUAUUUUACUUAUUCAUAUUUAUUGUUAGGCUUACGUUUGAUUCUUAAUUACUUGUCUUUUUGCUUCUUUUAAAAUUCACAUAAAGCCAGAUUACUUGCCCAAGUUAAACGUUCAUUGAUCCAUCCUGAAGGCAGAGCUGUUUCUGUUAUUGAAUGUUUGUGUUGCAUGAGGUUCAAUGUUCAUUUUUCAGCAAAAUCAAGGUCAAUGGGUCCAAUUUACUACCGCAUCAGCUGACGGAGCAGUGUUAACCCAAUUUCCCUACAUCAUCGUUUCGAUAAAACUAGACCAUUAAUUUUGCCCUUUGAAACUUGUCAUUGUGCCCAGAUCCUCCUGUAGUGCGGUCGCAGCACUUAAUACUGAUAAUUUCAGGUACCCUAGAAUGUGUUAUCAAUGUAAUGACUGAACUCAGGGGAUUCACGUGAGCCGGACUGUUUCGUGUUUAUGCAACGUUAACAGCAUAAGACAAUUGCAGCCUUCAAGACCAGCUUAGAGUCACUCUUAACGGGCCAAUUGAGUUGGCUGUUUCCAAAAGCCCUGGGCCUGAGUUUCAGGUCAACAGAAGAGUAGCCAGUUCCCUUGUGAAUUAUCGACCAAUCAAUUUCACAGUUUAACGCAAUGAAGACAACGGUGUUGGCUGUAGCCUGUGUUGCUAUAUUCUUCACUCAUGCACAAGCUUUAUCGCCGUAUGGUUUUGAAACAUCGGAGCUCCACAAGAGACGAUUGUGGAACAGUGUCGAUGUUAAUGACCUUCACAAGUACAACCUUGACGCUUUCCCCCCUGCCUGGUCAGGGUACCUGACACAGCCCAUGGACCACUUUGACCCUCUAGUCAACAAGAAUUUCACCCAGCUCUACUGGAUAGUUGAUUUUUACUGGAAGUCAAACAACCACCCAGUCUUCCUUUAUCUGGGUGGAGAAACGCAAUUGACGUUUGACGAGGUUACACACGGGCACCACGCCCAGAUGGCUAAAACUCACGGCGCCCUUAUCCUUGGGCUUGAGCACCGUUUCUAUGGCUACAGUUUCGCUCAAGAAGGGCUGUUACUACCUCAAUUACAAUACCUUUCUAGUCAGCAACAACUCGCCGAUCUGUCAGUUUUUCGAGGGUUCGCAGAGAAGUUUUUGGGCAUGUCGGGAAACAACACAUGGAUUGUGUUUGGAGGAGGUUACGCAGGCGCCUUGUCAGCUUGGUAUAGACUUAAGUACCCACACUUGGUGUAUGGCUCUGUAGCGUCGUCUGCCCCGGUACGCGCUCAGGCCAACUUCGAGGAGUAUAACGAAGUGGUAGCCAACAGUUUUGCAGACCCUAUCGUCUUUGGCUCUGCUAAGUGCGUUGCUAGCAUCAGACAAGCCUUUGGAAAAAUUGAACAAAUGCGGCAGGCUGGCAAGUUUGACCAGCUCCAAAAUGACUUCAAUACUUGCCAGAAUUUGACCAAGCCUAACGACUUCAAGACCUUCGCCAAUUAUCUUCAGAGUAGGUUUAUGGGAACCGCUCAGUACAAUCGCGUGGAAGGAAAUUCAUCCUCUAUCGGGGAUAUGUGUAAAAUAAUGAUGGUCCCAGAUCCCUAUCAAGCACUGGUGAAAAUGUUUAAGCCCAGCACUUGUUGGGACGUGUCUUUUGACGAUUUCCUGGAAAAACUGACCAACGUCUAUUACCAUCCUUACCAAGUUCUUCGACAGUGGUUUUAUCAGACGUGCACCCAGUUUGGCUACUAUCAGACUUGUGACAACAACACAAACUGUAUGUUCCUGCCUCAAGUCGACGUCGAUUACUACUUGACGUGGUGUGCGGAAGCCUACAACAUCUCAGCUAUUAACGUGCUGGAACAAGUGAACUUUACAAACACGUAUUACGGGGGAGACAACCCUAGAGGAACACGGGUGUUAUUUGUUGAUGGCACUAUUGAUCCGUGGUAUGCCCUCAGCGUCUUAAAAGAUCUGCCUGAGGAUCUCAAGUUUAUAUUCAUAAACGGUACAUCUCAUUGUGAGGAUAUGGCGCCUUCUAACCCCAACGACACCCCAGCACUUAAGGCAGGCAGACUGGCCAUUGAAAAGGUGGUCAGCGAUUGGCUCAUUCAGGCCGAAAUGGAAAAGAAACACACAUAAAUGUUGUUGCUAGAUAAGGAAUUGACGAUGGGAAUUUUAUUCUCUACGUUCUCUCCGUAACAACGAUGGUACACCACUUGGAGUAUGCCAGCAACUGGAUGAGAAAAGAUUGACUGCAUAGCCUGGACCCUCUUUUCAUUUCAUGUUUUUGUUUGUUUGAAAGAUCUGUUUUGUUCAUUGAUGUAACUUCAAAUUUAAAAACUUUCGAAGCAUGAUUUGCAUUAAUGUGAAAGAUGCCUUUAAGACGGUUUUGUUUGUAUGUUUUUCUUAAUCUCUCCUGAAUACUUCCUUUGUGUGAAUAUCGCAUCCAACUUAAUUUACUUGCACACCUAAGAAAUAUACAUAAAACAAUGGUUGAGUAAUAUUCAAUAAAUAAAUCAGAGGAAUUGAAUUCGAUAAACUUUGUGCAUGAAUUUUAUCCCCCUCCCUGGUUUUUUUCUAGUCCAUUCUGGAUAUCUUUAUUGCAAUCUUGAUGUGUACAGCCGAUCCCUGUUCAAACUUAACGCAAUCAAUUUGAGGCAAAAUAAAUUAUAACUUCAAAUAAUUUAUCAGUUGCGGUCACUCACAGUUGUAGGGACGGUGAUUUAAUGACUUUAAAUAGAUAUCGGUUUGACUUUAAUUUAUUAGUUGCUCCAGAUCGCGGAGUGAACCCCCGGUCACUUUUGCUUGAGUAGCCGUGGUGUUUAAUUGGCGUUGAGAUGAGUCUGUCUUUUUUGCCACCUGUCUCUAAAUUUUUUCUCUGGUCAAGUUCAUGAUAAAAUGAAUGUGCAAAUUUCUCAUAGGAAAUAAUUAACCCAUUUUUAAUAGUUCUCCUUCCCUGCCUAUGUGCACACAGUAAAUUGUUGAAUAUAUAGCUUUAUGCAUUUUGUGGCCUACAUUUAGUCUGCUAAAAUAGGCACAUUUGGCUGAUUAUCAGUUAUGCCCUCUUUUUAUAGCAAGGGUAACUGUAGAAAAAUGAAAGAGUCAUCUAAUAAUAAAUGAAAAAUCAUAUUGUAACCUAAGUUUGUAAUUUUUUAAAUGAAGCUGUAGUAAUUUAUAUUCUUUGUUUUGUGUAACUUUGAAGAAGAAUUAAAACGUGUUUAGAGUAGCCUGUGGUUGUUUCAAAAGAUCUGAU